GCCAGCGACCGACGCCAUUGACAUCGACAAGCACCAAGCCAUCAUCUACACACCACCCCCCACCUCUGACUUCUGCACGUUCCCCUCUCGACCCUCGACGCUCGCGCCCUCUCGUCACUCGCUCGUCUCCCUCUACUCCCCCCCGCGCGAGACACAAUGUCCUUCAAGAAGGACGACGAGUCUGGCGGCAUGUCGUACUACCACGACAAGUCGACAGUGCUCCAGGAAGCUCGCGUCUUCAACGAGUCGCCCAUCUCGCCACGAAAAUGCCGUGCCCUCCUCACGCGCAUCGUCUACCUCCUCUACGUCGGCGAGACCUUCACGACGCAGGAGGCCACGACCCUCUUCUUUGGCGUCACCAAGCUCUUCCAGCACAAGGAUGUCGCGCUCCGCCAGAUGGUCUACCUCGUCAUCAAGGAGCUCUCGACCAUUGCCGAGGAUGUCAUCAUGGUCACCUCGUCGAUCAUGAAGGACAUGCAGCCCAACCUUGAGGUUGUUUACCGUCCGAAUGCCAUCCGUGCCCUGGCCCGUAUCAUUGACGCGCACUCGGUCCAGUCGGUCGAGCGUUUCUUCAAGUCGGCCCUCGUUGACCGCUCGCCCUCGGUGUCGUCGGCGUCGCUCAUCUCGUCGUACCACCUGUUCCCGAUCGCCUCCCCCAUCAUCAAGCGCUGGUCCAACGAGGCGCAGGAGGCUGUCAACGCAAAGGCCGUCUCGUCGUCGUCGUACACUGCGUCGGCUGCCGCGGCCUACAUCUCGGGCGGCGGAUCCAACGGCUACCAGCCGACCACGAGCUCGAGCUACAUCAUGCAGUACCACGCCCUUGGUCUCCUCUACCUCAUGCGCGAGAAGGACCGCAUGGCUAUCACCAAGCUCGUCCAGCAGCUUGGUGCCGGCAAGCAGGCCACCGUUGUCCGCAACCCCAUGGCCAUUGUCAUGCUCAUCCGCUUCGCCCGCAAGGUUAUGGACGAGGACCCGAACGUCCAGAAGCAGAUGCAUGAGUACCUCGAGGGCCUGCUUCGUCACAAGUCGGACAUGGUCAACAUCGAGGCGGCUCGUGCUAUUUGCGAGAUGCGCAGCGUCACUGCCUCGGAGCUCUACCGCCCCGUUGCUGUCCUCCAGCUCUUCCUGUCGUCGCCCAAGGUCAUCCUCAAGUUCGCUGCUGUCAAGACCCUCAGCAAGCUUGCCCAGACCCACCCUUCGGCCGUCACGUCGUGCAACCUCGACCUCGAGAACCUCAUCACCGACUCGAACCGCAGCAUUGCCACCUACGCUAUCACCACUCUGCUCAAGACUGGUAACGAGGCCUCGGUUGACCGUCUCAUGAAGCAGAUCUCGUCGUUCAUGACCGACAUUACCGACGAGUUCAAGAUUGUCGUUGUUGACGCCAUCCGCUCGCUCUGCCUCAAGUUCCCUGCCAAGCAGGCUGUCAUGCUCUCGUUCCUCUCGGGUGUCCUUCGUGACGAGGGUGGCUACGACUUCAAGUACGCUGUCGUGGAGGCCAUCUUCGACAUGAUCAAGUACAUCCAGGACAGCCGCGAGGCUGCCCUUGCCCACCUUUGCGAGUUUAUUGAGGACUGCGAGUUCACCAAGCUCUCUGUUCGCAUUCUCCACCUCCUCGGUGUUGAGGGCCCCAAGACGCGCAACCCUACAAAGUACAUCCGCUACAUCUACAACCGCGUUGUCCUCGAGAACGCUGUUGUCCGUGCGGCUGCUGUCAGUGCCCUUGCCAAGUUUGGUGUUUCGGUCGAUGACAAGCACGUCAUCAAGAGCGUCGGUGUGCUGCUGAGGAGAUGUCUCGACGAUGUCGACGACGAGGUCCGGGAUCGCGCUGCCAUGUACAUCAAGGUGCUGGACGACAAGGUUCUCGCCGACGCCUUUGUCCGUGAGGAGGGCACCUACUCGCUUGCUGCCCUCGAGUCUUCGCUUGUGUCGUACAUCAAGGACGAGUCGCAGCACUCGACUGCCUUUGACGCGUCGGCGGUGCCCAAGGUCAGCCGCGAGCAGGCCGCUGCCGAGGUUUCAUCUCGCCCGUCUGCCCUCGAGACUAUCGCCUCGUCGUCGGCGGCUAUCGAGGCUGCCCCUGUCCAGGCGAGCGCUGCCGAGGCUCAGUCUGCGUACGCCUCGCAGCUCGCUGCGAUCGACGAGUUCAAGAACUACGGCCCUGUGCUCAAGUCGUCGCCCAAGCCUAUCCAGCUCACGGAGAGCGAGACCGAGUACGCAGUGGGCGUUGUCAAGCAUAUUUUCAAGGAGCACAUUGUGUUCCAGUACAAUGUGUCGAACACGAUUCCCGACACUGUCCUCGAGCAGGUCGCGGUUGUUAUGAGUCCUUCGGAGGAGUCUGGUCUCACCGAGGACUUUAUUAUCCCCAUCCCCGCCCUCACCUCGGCCUCUGGAGCCGGAACAGUAUACGUGUCGUUCACCCGCGACGAGCCCGCCGAGUACGCCACGACUUCGUUCACGGCCACCCUCAAGUUCGUCUCCAAGGAGGUCGACCCAUCGAGCGGCGAGCCCGAGGAGGAGGGCUAUGACGACGAGUACCAGGUCGAGGAUGUCGACCUCGGUGCGGGUGACUACAUCACCCCCACCUACGCGACCUUCUCCAGCGAAUGGGACAAGCUGGCGGGCGCUUCGUCAAUCACCGAGACGUUUGCCCUGUCGUCGUCCGAGUCGUUGUCAGAAGCAGUCAAGUCGAUCAUCGAGGUGCUCGGCAUGGAGCCUCUGGGUGGCACCGAGCAGCCAACGUCCACGUCUGUGCACACGCUCAACCUGAGCGGUGUGGUGACUGGCGGUGGUGGCAAGGUGCUCGCGAGGUGUCGCAUGACGUUUGCGGCUGGGCAGGGAGUUACGCUCGAGCUGGCGGUGCGCGCAGAAAAGGAGGAGGCAACACGGCUUGUUAUGGCUGCUAUUUAGAGCCUCUGCGUAUGUAGUAUUGAUUCGGCGGCACGCGCGAGGGGAGCGCGGUGAGCAAGCAGGUGCAGGUUGUUUGGUGUGGCAGAGGCGGUACUGGGC